AUGAAGCUGAAGGAAUUGGAAAGUAUACUGCAGGAUUGUGAAGUGUUUGAUGAGCCAAAGAUUCAAUUUGAACAAUACCCUACUACACCUCAUUUGGCUGCAAGAAUGCUUUAUACUGCCGAUACAGUAUACGAUGACAUUGAAGAUAAAGCGAUUGGAGAUUUCGGCAGUGGAUGUGGCAUAUUGAGCAUAGCUGCAAAUAUCUUAGGCGCAGGAUACAGCGUUGGAUUCGAUAUUGACCCUGAUGCCAUCAAGAUUGCUCAAGAAAAUAGUGAGACGUUCGAAGUGGAUAUCGAUUUUGUAAAUACGGAUCUGAACUUAGCUACGUUGGAUCGAUUCAGAGGAAAGUUGGAUACCAUCAUCAUGAACCCUCCCUUUGGAACAAAGAGCAACAAGGGUGUGGAUAUGGUGCUAUUAAAGAAGGCGAUAGAGAUUGCAGGCACGUCUGUCUACUCAUUACAUAAGACAUCAACUCGAGACCACAUUGAGAAGAAGGCAAAGGAGUGGGGUGUGACAUUUGAAGUAGUAGCAGAGCUAAAGUUUGAUGUGCCAAUGAUGUAUAAAUUCCAUAAAAAGAAAAAUGUCGAAAUUGCAGUUGAUUUCCUUCGAUUCGAGAAGCAAGAGUGUACAUAA